AUGGGCUUCUUUGGCAUUCGACUCUCGAGGAAACCCAUUCGAGGCACUGGGCAAAUAGUUCACUUUUUGCUCGUUACGCUAAUAUUUAUGUUAACACUGUUUGGACUCUUUGCAAACCGUUUUACGCUGCGCGGUCGCCAUCGCUAUAUAUUCUCGAAGAAAUAUUUGGCAUAUGCCAUGCUAGUAACCGCGAUUUUUACCACCAUCUAUGUGCGUCAAAUGUAUAAGGAUUACACGAUGUCGCAGUUAAAUCUACGAGAUGCUGUCAAAUUGUACAGUUAUAUGAACAUUAUUGUGGCCAUUAUUAACUUCAUAACCCAAAUGAUAAUGAGCAAAACUGUGGCACGCAUGAUGAGCGGAGUGCCCCUCUUCGACACCAUCGAAUCGCUGCCCAUUGAUGGACGCGUAGUGUUGACAUCGGUGAUGCUGGCCAUGAUUAAAGUUUUAGGAUUUCCCUUCGUCAUGGAGAUGGCAUUAAUAGUGCAACAGAAACGCAAUCAGCCGGAUUUACGUUGGUCCUGGACUCUCUACACUCUAUUUCCCAUGGUGAUUUCGAAUUUCUUAAACAACUGUUACUUCGGUGCCAUGAUCGUUAUUAAGAACAUAAUACAGGCACUAAAUGACCGCCUGAAAUUGCAAGUACAGCAGGUAAAUCUAAUGCAGAACCCGAAGCACAAGGAACUCUAUUCGAAAUACUAUCGCAUUCAACGCUUCUGCUCAUUGGCCGAUGAGCUGGAUGUGCUCGCUGCGCAAUAUAAAAUGAUAUGUUCGCAGAGCACAGAUUAUAUGGCCCUGAUGUCGCUUUCGAUUGUACUAUCGCUGAUCUGUCAUCUGCUGGGUAUUACGGUGGGCGUUUUUAACCAAUAUUACGCCAUUGCAGAGUCGGCUAUGGGUAAAAAACCCUAUGAUGCCUUUGGUGCCUUCAUCAAUUUGGUGUUUUUGUCAAUAUCCAUUUUGGAAAUUGCCCUGCUAACGUACUUAAGCAAUGAUCUAUUAUCAGAGACGCAGGCAACAGGAAUUAUUAUACAAGAGAUCAAUGUGAACGAGGCCGAUUGGCGAUAUCAACGAAGUGUUCAUUCAUUUUCACUAUUAAUCAUUUCCAUUAAGUACAGGAUAAAACCAAUGGGUCUCUUUGAGAUUGACAUAUCACUGAUCAAUAGUGUUCUGUCGGCUGUAGCCAGUUUUUCGCUGAUUCUUGUUCAAUCGGAUCUAUCGCAACGCCUCAAACGAUCG